UAUUUAGUUUGUAUCUUUCUUUAGUUUGUGAAUUACUGAGGUCAGGGUCAUUCUUUGAGCUGAUAGCUGAUAGUCAAAUUGCAUUAUUGAUAACACACCAUAACAAACACAUCUCACUCGAUUCUAAUUUCUAAUUUCUACCUAUUCUUGUUCAAUUAAUUUUAAAAUUUUCGGUAUUCUGUAGCAGUUUAUAGUUUAGUCUAACAUUAAAUUCAAUGCUAACUUUAACGAAAUCCUGCUGGUUUUCCCGCCAAAAGGUCGUCAUGUCGAAAAGACCUCAUAACUCAGAUCAUCGCAAGCAGAAGAAAAGAAGAAAAGAAACAUCAUUCUCUAUAGACAAAGAAGAACUCUGUCGAAAGGCCAGUGAACUGCUGGUACACAGUCGAAGAAUUGUAACGUUAAAGAUGAUCGAGAAAUUAAUAACUGCUAUGGUUACAUUUUUUAGGGAUCGCGAUUGGAUGGAAACUAGUUCCUCAGAGAGUUCUACAAACGAUACCAUGGAGAGCCAAAAAUGCAGUAGCGUCGACCAGAUGGGAGAGGAUGACGAUAAAAAACGGCCAAGCAAUUUACUAGACGAAGAACAUAAUAGUAUGUUGAAAAAACUCGAAGAUUACAAUAGAUGGUUGAUAAAUGGAGAAGAAGCGCACGACCUUUCCAGCGACGAUCGAGUUCAACUAAGCACUGAGUUGUGUUACAUGAUCCGCAACUGUACUGAUUAUAAACUGCUACAAAUUAUCGCAGCUGUGAUAAUGUACCUCGAGUGAAAGUCUGAUUCGCUUUAAUCAAAAGUACGAAGACUAGUUCGAAAAUUAAUUUCUUAAUAAUGACUUUUUUUUUAUAUUGUGAUGAAAUAAUUUACGUGUUCCUUUUAAAGUGUAUUUUCCCCAUUUUCUAAUAGUGAUAUUUUUUUAUUCGAAUAUAAAGUUAAUUUCACAUUUUUUUACAUAGUCAGAA